AUGAGUGUGCAUCGACGUUUGUUGUGUUGUUUUGCUCUCUUGCUGAGUGUUGCUUCUCUCUGCGUGUCCGCUAGCGGGGCUGCUGUAGUUGCUGCAGUUGGUCCUAAAGUUGAGCCUGAAUCUCGUUGCCUUUCUGGUUCUGGUGGUUCUGAGUCUGAUUGUCCUGGUGGUGGUGAACCUUCCGGUAUUAUUCCCCCCAAUAAAGGUCCAGUUGGUGUUAAUCCUACGGUUCACCAAGGGGGAAAACAUGGUGAGGAUGGUCGUGAUCCUGAACCCAAAGCAUUAGCUGCAGAAGGGGAUGGGAAUGGUCAAGACAAUUUACACGGAAAUUCACAUAUCACUCUUGAAAGAGGACCAACACCCAAACAACAUCCUGCUGCUCCACCCAAAACAACCCAUGGUGAUCACGAUCGAACAACGCUGGAUGCUAAUCACAACGAUGCGCCGGAUCCCGAUAAAACACAACAACGUGGAGCGAGUGGCUUAUCACCAGCAAAGGAUGUAAACACGAAUGUAAAAGCUGGAGAAGAUGAGGAAUCUCAAAAAGAAACUGAGGAGCAGCAAACUUUGCACUCUGCCAGUAGACCAAAUGGAAUCCCUGACGCUUCACAGACCUCCGUUCCUCAGGUGAAGGAACCAUCGUCUGCAGACACACAAGAGAACCAGCAGAAGGAUCUGAAUGCUAACAGCGAAAGUUCAAAAGGUGAAACCAUAUCGAACCAACAAGGUACAGACGCACAAUCUUCUUCUUCAACAACUACUGAAACCCCUGCAGCAACUUCACUACAGGAAAAUGAGGGGACAACAACCUCUGCAACUGGAAAUGCUGACAACGGCACAACAACCAGUGAGGAUUCAUCCACUACUACCACCACUACAACCACCACAACAACAACACUUCCUCCUGAACUCACAAACAACAAGAAGGGUGAUGCAGACAGCAGCAGCAGUAUCAGCAGUUCUGUGUGGGUGCGUGUACCACUACUGAUUGUAGUUACACUGGCCUGUAUUCUUCUGUGCUGA